AUGAGUUCAAAGAGGUUGGCCAGACAGAUCUACACAAAGGAAUGGAAGAGGGUGCGGCGAGAGGUGUUGAAUGUGCAAGCACUGGUGCGUGCCCAGCUGGAUGCAGGAGAUGCAGCAAACAGGGCAGAGGAGUCUGCGCGAGAUGCAGCAAGGACAGGACAGGCUCUGCAAGAAGCAGAGCAACAACAUAAUGGACCUCAACACAUGCCAGAGAUACAACCGGCGGAGAUUGAAGAACAGCCUGAGUUCAUGGCAGAGCCAACAAGUUCGGUCAGCAGCUCGGAGCAGGACAGCAGCAGUCCCUCAACCCAUGUCAGUCCAGCACCCAGCCGUCGGACAUUAGAAGAGUCGUACAUUGAGGAACAAACAUCAUCCGACCCAGUUGAGGGAAUGACCCAUGGCGAAGAGGAGGGGGCUUCAGGCAUGGCUGCCGUAAUAAGGCUCCUGGAGGAACGAAAGAGGCUCCUAUUGAGGACAACGGAUGACACAAAAAGAACCAUGGAAGAGCACAUGGGGCGAAUGACUAGGAGAAUGGAGGCUAUGGAGAGGAGGAUGGAGGCUAUGGAAAGGAGGAUGGAGGGUAUGGAGAGGAAGUCAGAGACAUUGGAGGCUGCUGUGGUCUCGAACCCGCCUCAGCCUCCUCUGCAGGAAGAUGUGCUGUUGGGCCUAUGCAGCACAGUGGAGGAGCUAGACAGGAGUCUGGCUCAACCAGAAAGAAGGAACCAAAUGAAACGUUUCCUUGAAAGCCUGGGAGGGGCGAAUCCGGGGGCAGCCAUUCGUCGCAUUCUAUGCCAGGUGGCUACCAACAAUGUCCUGGCGCAGUACAGCCUGAGGGGGAGGAGAGCAAAAAAGCCUUUCCAGAACUUAACCCUUUGCAAAAUUAUAACGGAGGCCUGCAUGCAGAACUUCCCUGGCAAGAAGGUAGCUGAUAUUGAGGAGUGUAUUGGGCAUGCACUGAAGUUUGCACCACACAGACGGUCAGCUUGUCCUCAAGAUUGAAGACGUACACCAACUUCUAUGCACACGCACCUGUUUUUGGCAUUUUCUAAAAUUUUUCUUAUUUUUUGCCUUUAUUGUAUUUUAUUAAGAAAUAGUUUUCAUAAUUGUCUAUAGUUGUCAGAUGUUUUAUAAUGUAUAAUAAUGUUUCACUGUGUUGCUGAUGUC